UCUGUGCUCCUUGUGAUUUAUUGGCACUAAUUACCAAGGCACUUAAUGGCUGGUUCUGGAUGGGAAUUAAUUCUGGCCUGGUGGAUAAAUAAUGCACGAUGGUUUAUUUAGCUAAAUGGAAGGCAGCAGAGAAGAGGCUGCUGCAGGCAGGAGCUUGCUGCAGACAAACAGGACAAGAGAUGCUGCGAUCUGAGUACCAGUAAGAUGGGGAAGAGGAGGGCAGGAUGAUGAAGACGAGGAGCAAAUUGUACUUGCAAUCAGGAGGGCUAUGUUGAGUCCCAAGAUAAAACAAGCCAGGAGAGACCGCUCCAAGAGCAUGGUGAUGGGGGACCCCCCUGGGCUGCCCUGCCGGCCUUCCUCCCCCUGCCGACAAGAGCCGGCGCUGAAACGUGGCUGGCUGAAGAAGCAGAGAAGCAUCAUGAAGAACUGGCAGCAGCGCUGGUUCGUCCUUCGUGGCGACCAGCUCCUGUACUAUAAGAACGAGGAUGAGGUCAAGCCACAGCUCACUGUGAAACAGGUGAAGUGCUGGUUAGCUGUGGAGGGGAAGAUUGUGGUUUAA